AUGGAUUUAAGGCAACGGGUAGACGAGGAGAGCGUGCGGGAGCUGUUGCGUCUUCUCCGCACGUGCGGGGGGCGCACGUGCGCCGCGCUGCUAGCGGAGUCUCUGCGCGCAAAGUGGGGGUUCUGCGCAGAUGAGCGGAAUGGGAACGGGGCGCGAGCGGCGGGGGGAAGUGGGAGGGAAAGGCGAAAGGGUAUAGACGAGGCUGGCAGAACAUCUAAAGAGAGACUAGAGGAGAGGGAGGAGCGGGAAGGGAGGGAGGAGAGGGCGGUUGAUGCUGCUGCUGCUGCUACUGCUUCUAGUGAUUCCCAUGCUGGUCCUAAUGGGGAUGGCGAUGCUGGCGGUGCGUCCAACGCGGACACGCUAUUGGUGGCCGUGCAUGAGCUGGCAUGGGAGCACAUCCACGGCGGCCCAUGGAAGGACGUCCACGUGGCAUGGCGCGACGCGUACGCCCUCACAUGCCUCGCCAUGGCCACUGCUAACGUUGCUUCUACAGCUGCUUCUGUUGGCACCACCACCUCCAACCGCUCUCUACCUGCCUGUCUGAGGCUAUUGGACCUGGGGCUUAUGCUGGGAGACCCGCCAAUCCCCCUCCCACCCCAUUCCUUCACAUCCCUCCCCAUGCCCCGCGCGCACCUGCCCUCUCUGGAGCGGUUUCUGCAGAGCUACAUGAAACCAGGCGUGCCGGUGGUGCUGACAGGAGCCAUCGCCCACUGGCCUGCUGUGAAGCGGUGGAGGGACUGGGGGUAUCUGAAGCGCGUGGCUGGAGGCAGGACUGUACCUGUUGAUAUGGGAAGCAGCUAUCUGGCGGAGGGGUGGACGCAGGAGCUCAUGACUCUCGCUGACUUUAUUGACCGGCACGUGCUCAGAAUCCCCAUUCUCCGUGCAGACAUCGACAUUCCCCCGUACUGCUGGCUCACCGCUCCUGCUCCCCACUCUCACUCUCUCAGAUCGAGCCCUCCCUCUCACGCCUCUCCGCAAAAGCCCGCUCGCACUGCAAGCAUGGGUGAUAGGUCCUCUCCUAGGGGUGAUGCGUGUGGCAGAAAUAGUGAUAGUGAUGAUUCAGAAGGAGGUCGAGGCAAGCUGGAAAAUGUGGAAGGUAGAGAGGAGGAGAGCAAAGAGGACAAGGAGAGGGAUAAGGUGGGGGUUGGGGAGGAGGAGGGAGAGGAGGAAGGGGAGGGGGAGAGCAAAGAGGACAAGGAGAGGGAUAAGGUGGGGGGUGGGGAGGAGGAGGGAGAGGAGGAAGGGGAGGAGGGAGAUCCGGUGGUGAAUGCAUGGUUUGGGCCGGCAGGGACAGUGACACCACUCCACCACGAUCCCUGUCAUAACCUCUUCGCUCAGGGACUCCACUUGUCUGCCAAUCUGUGCUGCAGAGUCACACUGUAA